AGAGUAACUAUAGCUGUGUCGAAGACGCUGUUCGAUACUUCGAUUGUAGCAUGGCCGAAGUAGAGGAGAGUAAUAGAAAUAAACAAAUUAAGAAGCGAACUCGAAACCCGUCUGAGUGGCAACGAGAAAAGAGGAAAAGAUUGAGAGUAGCAGGAAAGUCGUACAUAAAUAGCAAAGGUGAUGUUGUUCAGGAGAGAAAAAUUGGAGAGGACUGCAAAUGUCGUCGUAAAUGUUACAAAAUUGUAACAGAAGAUGUCAGAAACAAGCUGUUUGAUGGAUAUUAUUCACUGAAGAGCCAUGAUGAGCAGAAUGCCUACUUGUUUGGCCUGAUACGUAAAUACGAUAUUGCAAGAAAAAGAUGCAAGGACAGUGAUCGAAGAACAUGCAGUUAUCGUUACUUUGUCAGGCACCGAGGGAAGGAAGUGCAGGUCUGCAGGCUAGCAUUUGCACACAUUCAUGGUAUUUCUGCACAUAAGAUUAGGAUACUGUGCCAGAAACAGGACCAGAAUGUUAUGUAUCCUCGUGAUGGGCGAGGAAAGCAUGACAACCGACCCACGAAAAUAUCAGAUCAGACACGGAAUCAGAUAAAAGAGCACAUUUACUCAAUAAUUAAAUCAGAUAGGGUCCGGGAAUUUUUUAAGGAAGAAAAACAUAGUGGACCAGAUGUAAACAUUACGAAAAUGUGGAAGGACUAUCUACUGAAGUAUGAUCCAAAUUACUGUGACAGUGCAUCAGACAAUGAAAAAGUAACAGCACCAAUGAACCAUAGUGGUAACAGUUUGGUAUCUGAUAACUUACAGAUGCCAGUGUUUACUAGCAGUCUUGGACCAGAAAUGACUCAACAGCAACAUUUACCUUACUCAAAUACUAUCAAUCUUUCACACUAUCAUGUGCCAUCUAUGAGCAGUAAUCUGGAACUCUUUGGGAAUGAUGGAACCCAGUAUGAAGAUCAGGAAAGGCUAAACUCUCAUAGCAAACAAGAUACCCGACCACCUCCAAUUAUAAAACAUUGGUUGUAUAGCAAAGUCUUCCAUGAGGAAUUUAAAUUACAUGACUUUGUUUCAUUAAAAAAGAAACUAUGUUCCUUCAAAGAUAGUGAUAAGUCUCAAAUGAGCCAGCAAGCAAACAAAUCAGAGCGCAAACAGAAGACACCUAAGAAAAUCAGUCGAGACAAAGAUUCUGUUGGUGACGUAACAGGUGGACAAAACAUAGUGAAUGUCUCUGAUGGUCAUAAUGGAGUGAUUGAAAGUUCUGGGCAUCUUCAGAUGCCACCAGUAAAUUCUAGUUCUUCACCUGACAUGUAUAUUUUGCCAGUGAAUUUGCAAGAUCUUCCUCCUCUGAAUCAGCCAAGUGAAAUGUUGCAUCAGCACCAUCAACACCACACUAUGCAGCUUAACCUCCACACUUAUUCCACACCCCAGGCCAGUGUUAUAAACCCCCUCGUCCACAAUCAGCCUCCGUGUACAGCAAUGAUGGGAUCCGUAGGCCUAAGUCAGAACUCUUGUGGAGCAUAUGCCCCUGCUGCUGCAUUUUACUAGUGUGUUAUUCUUCCCAUAUAAUACUUAAUAAUAAUUAUUUAUAAAGGCAUUAUAUGUGAAAGACUUCUUACAACCCAUAAGUUAAUUUGUGAAGCAAUUUUAUGUAAAAUUUUGAGUCACUGUAAUUUUUUAGUGCAUCAUCUAUUCAGAUUUAUCAAACAUUGUGUUAUGUUUAUUGUGUAGAGAAGAAAAAUAAAUAUUAUCUGUCUUUUGCAUCAGAAUGUUUAUUUUGCUUCAACAGUAUAAGGAAAAGAUAGAUUGCUACUCAUCAUAAAGAUGCCACAUUGAGUUGCAGGCAGGUACAACGAAAAGACACUAAUGUGUAAGCUUUUGGCCACUGUCAGACACACACACACACACACACACCAUUUGCGGAAGUUUGGAGCAGAGUGCCGGUCUGAGGUGCCAGAAAUGACGGUCAUGUGCUUGAGGUGCAAUUGUGUGUGUGUGUGUGUGUGUGUGUGUGUGUGUGUGUGUGUGUGUGUGUGGUGUGGUGUGUUUGUUUCCUUUUCCGAUGAAGGUUCUGUGAAGGUUCUGGCCAAAAGCUAAUGUGUAAAUGUCUUUUCAUUGUGCCUGUCUGCCAUUCAACAUACCGUCUUUAAGGUGAGUAGCCUGGAGUUUCCAUUGUUUUAUUUCUUUCCAGUCAGAUAUGCUUCCACCUACUGAUAUGGGGCAUCAUCAGUAAAUUUUUAUGAAUAGUAAACAUGAAAACCACUGAGAGUACUACCCAACAAAAUUAUUUGCACUGGGCCUUCCUUGGCCACUAUUGGAACACACUGUGACCUUACAGUAAACAAGUACACUGGUGAUUAUGGAAAAUGCUUCACAGUGUCAAUGCUUUCAGGUCAGCUGUGCACAUACUAUUAAGUGGUUCAGCAUGUCCUCAGGAAAUAUCAUGAUAAAAACUCACAAUACACUGACCGAAGUGCCCUCACCCUUCCAAGUGCCAUAGUAUAGUGGUCAACUAAUAUCUAAUAUGAAUAUCUAGAAUGUGUGUGGUGGGGAAUGAAACAAACAUUCUGUUGCAAAAGACUGAUAAUAUUUAUCUUAACUUGUUGAUAAACAUAACUGAAGUAGCAACUGAGGAAGAGUGGCUGCAAAUAUUUUAAAAAAAUAUUGUUUUUGUGUAAUCUACAAAGGUAUGAAAUUGAUAUCAUUUAAUUCACAUGCAUAUUCCCCAGUUUUCAGAAGAUAAUUCAUAUUGUUUUGAACAUAUUUCCUUCUGUUUUUGUUUGUUUGUUUUUAAAUUAGUUACAGUUCAUUUAGGACACAAAACUUCAUAAUUUUAUCUGUCUCUGGUCAUUAUUAUUUCUUGUCCAUCAUACAAAGUGUAAAAAACUAUGUAUACAAAAUUGUUGAGUGUUUAGAGGAGAUAAAAAACACUUAUGUGUCAAAAACAUCAUGUGUACUCUGGUAUUGGGUGCUGCAGAGGUUGAAUGCCCACUGGAGCAGAUGGAUCUCAGCAGUCGAUAUCGGGCACCACGGCAAGUGCGCCUCUGAUGCUCUAGUUUGAUGCCUACGAAUCAAUCUCUGCUAUAGUAGAACUGUUGGAUAAGUGCCUACGUGUCAUCUGGAUACUUUGUUUGGUUUCAUCUUGGGUUGAUCUCUCCACAGCUCUUGAUCUUGUUGUCAUUACUGUGGCAACUGAUUUGCGUAGCACCUCACUGUUAUAACAUUGUUCGUCCUUGUCAUGUCUAUAGUCUGUCACAUUUUGUGCUCUGUACCGUUGAUUUGGGUUACUCUUCCUCAGGCGGCUCUCCCUCCUGGCAGCUCCCUCUGUUUCUGCAUUCACCAAGGUUUGAAUUGAUAUCCAGCUACUACUGGCAGAGCAUGUACCGUUUCCCCACCAAGCCUCCAUGAAGGUUUUGACACUAGCGAUAUUCAGAGAUAGUGUUCAGACUUAAAUGUGAGGAAUAUUGUUUUAGAGAUAUUGCUGAAAACGUCAUCCAUUUGUGUUAUGGCACAAGCUGCAUCUGUGUCCUAACGAUUGUCUGAACUAAACCACCAGAUGUUUCACGAAUAAAAGUUGUAGCUUCAGCCAAACAGGCAACCAACCCUUCUGGAGUCGUUAUCUGUAUCUCUUACACCAAAUGCUUCGUCUCACCCAACAAAAAGAAAUCUGUAAGAGUGAUACCAGGAGAACAUGAUGCACAUGUUUUGUAAAAUCACUCCUUUUGGAGAUUAUUUACUUUUCCUUAAGAUCCUUCCACUGAAUCUCAGCCUGGCAUGGGCUUUUUGUACAGUCAGUUUUAUGUGGAAGUCGCAUUUUAGGUCACUCUGAAUGGUUACUCCAAAGUAUUGUACAAUUGUUACUGUGUCCAGUGAUUUGUCACCAGCAGUAUAAUCUCUCCACCUAUGUGCGCAAUACAUAACAUUUAAUUACAUUCAGGGUAAUGACAACUUAACCUGUAAUAGCAAUAAAAUGUUACUGUGUUGCAAAUCAGAUUCCAGUGUCAAUGUGCUGCAUGUGAAGCAGUCAAAACAACUGUGAAUGUUGGCCUAAGGGAAGUCCAGUGUCAAACGUGUGACACUUGUGUCAUAUAACAGAUGUGCUUCUUUUCAUCUCCUCUAAACGUUCACGCAAAAACUCUGCACAAUUACGUGAAAUAAUAUUUGCAAAUCAGACAUCUGCAUGUCUUCGAUCAGCAGUUAAAGACAUUAGAAUUUUAUAGGCCCAUUUUACGCAUUUGGUAUGCCACAGUUUUUAUGGCUUGUAUUGAGCUAUUCUAAAGUUUGUACAUUCGACUCUCAAGCUUUGCUGUGAAUUAACACCUGGAUGUAUCUAAAUGUGAGUCACAUGAAAUUUAUAUCAAUUACCUUCUGCUUCUAACAGUGGGACUAAAAAUGUUUAUUGUUUAAUUAUAUGUAAGAUAUUUUGAUAAGAAGAAAUUUCAUACUUGAUUUUUGUGUUAUAAAGGUGCUGUGUGUGCUGAUCUGAAUACAGCAUACCUUUUCAAUUCUUGACACAUUCUACAAGUUAUAAAAUUGUGUCAUAAUCACUAAAAUGGAUUUUAUGACCUUUGCUGUGUAACAUCUCAACAAAAUUGAGACCUCAAAUGAAGCCAUGUUAGAUGCUCACAUUAAAUGUUGCAUGUUUGCAACAGUGUUCAUUAAUUCACCAUGAUGCCAAAUAAUGUCAGUGUGCUACACUUAUCACUGUAGUAAGUGUACUUGUAAAUAUAUAAUUGACAUUUGGAUAAAUGCACAGAGCUUA